AAUUGAAACCGACCUAAAGCUCUUUUUUCCAUAAUUCUAAAUGUAGAUCCGAUUAUUGCUAACUUAAGCAUCGGAGUGUCUACCCCGAGGACUCACCUUGGGGCUUUGCAGGUCGAUUCGGAGCGCAGAUACGGACUAAAGAAGGACAUCUGGUUUGGUGCAAUUACAUUUGGCGCCGUCUGUGGGAACUCGAACUAAAAGCUGUUACUCUCUCAUCAUGGUUCACACUCGAUCAGUCCGGGCUGGAAAUUCAUCUCAGCCUCUUGGACGAGGUCAAGCCCCCAGCAACCUACCACCUCCUCACCCCCCACCCCCGAUCCCAAAUACACUCCCUCAUGUUGACCAUGCAGAAGGAGGAGAUGAAAAUCAGCCACACAACUCGGCUCACAACUCAGCCUCUACUGCUAACCAAGACAACAAUCCUGGUGAUCCACUCAUCAACCUUCUCAAUCCUGCUCCACAACCCCCAGCUCCACAACAAAAUCCUGAACCAAUUCAGCAUGCUACUGCUAUUAGUGAAUCUCAGGGCCAAUCUCACUUCGCACCAAUUCAGCAACCCCUUCAUGAUGAUGUCACUCGACGUCUGGACAGCUUAGAAAAGCUAGUGGCUGAACAGCGAGGUGCCCCACAUGCACACCAUGCUGCUGACUCCAUACCCCAUCCUUUGAACACCAACAUUACAUUGGAACCCUACCCCGCUGGCUUCAGGAUACCACAACUCGAAACUUAUGAUGGGACGAAGGACCCCGAUGAUCAUCUCCAUGCUUUUUACUCUUGUAUGCAAGCCCAAAACACCUCUGAUGCGUUGAUGUGCAAAAUCUUUCCCUCUACUCUCCGAGGUAAUGCUCGAACCUGGUACUAUAGUCUACCUCCGAGGUCAAUCAGCUCUUAUACAGAAAUGGCAUCUGCUUUUGCCACAAAGUUUUCCAGUAGAAGGUUGAUCAGGAAAACUACCUCCGAGCUAAUGCAAGUCAGGCAGAGGGACGAAGACUCUUUGAAGAAUUUUAUGAGCAGAUUCAAUGAUGCAGUACUAGAGGUUAACUCCUUCGACCAGGUUGUGGGAAUUACAGCUGUGAUCUCAGGUCUUAGCCAUGAGAGAUUCAGAGAUAGUCUGCUUAAACAUCCUGCCACCACCUUCAGCGAGGUAAAUGAUAGAUCACUGAAAUUCAUCACUGUUGAGGAAUAUGCCUUGUCGCAGAACCCAACUCCUAUUAAGAACCAAUGCCCGGACUGGGGAGAUGAGAAUCCGAACAGAAAAUGGAUGAGGACAACACAGAAUCGAGGUUCGAUGCCGACUUUCACCCCGAGGUUCGGAAGGCCGAGCUCAGCACCUCCACAGCAACCUGCAGGUAAACCUCCAGUUACUUGGACUCCUUUUAAUUUACCGAGGUCACAAAUCUUUAUGCAGAUUAAGAAUAAGAUGGACUUAAAGCGUCCAAGUCCAAUGAGAACUGCCGCUGCUACCAGAGAUCAUACUAGGUAUUGUGACUUUCAUCAAGAUCACAGUCAUACAACAGAGCAAUGCAAUAGUCUGAGGUCCGAGCUGGAAAGUCUGGCUCAGAAAGGAAUGUUGAAUGAGUACAUCCAGAGAGUUGAACAGCCACAGUUUGUCAGAGAACAGGGGUCACAGCAUCAAGGAGUCCGCAAUCCCCCAAACAGGCAAGAGGUUAAGCAUCCAAACCGAGCUCAGAAACGAAAGUUUGAUGAUGCUGACUGGAAGAAUCAACCUAUUACUUUCACAUCUACUGAUUUCGACACAGUUGUUAUACCCCACAAUGAUCCUCUGGUCACUUCUGUCCUGAUUAACAACUGUGAAGUACAACGCGUCCUUGUGGACACUGGGAGUGCACCAGACAUCAUGUACUUCCACUGUUUUGAGAGUCUUGGACUAGAUCCGGCAUUAUUGCAGAGAUAUGAUGGUCCCAUCUAUGGUUUCAAUAACCAGCCAGUUCCAGUUGAAGGUGCCCUAACCAUGAAUGUUGCAUUUGGGAGUGGCCGAACCUAUGUGACUCCUUCUGUCCAGUUUCUAUCUCACCUCUGCAUGAAAUUCCCAACUCCUACGGGAAUAGCAACGCUGCGAGGCAACCAGGAGGUGGCCCGACAUUGCUAUAUCACCUCGGUCACACAACCUCAGAAGGGCAAAGAUCAGACACCCGAGGUCAAUCCCAAACGGAUUCCUGACGAUCGGCAAGUUAUGGGUGUGGAGAUAGUGGAUAACCGACCAAAAGAUGAAACCAGAGCUGCUCCAGUCGAAGAUGUGGAAGAGAGGUUAAAAGUUAUUAAAGAAGAAGUCGAGAAACUCCUACAAGCUGGUUUUGUCAGAAGGGUCGAUUACUGUGAGUGGGUCGCCAAUCCGGUGCUGGUGAAAAAAGCAAACGGUAAAUGGCGGAUGUGCAUCGAUUACACUAACCACAACAAUGCAUGUCCAAAGGACUGUUACCCAAUGCCAAACAUUGAUAAGCUGGUUGAGGCAGUUUCGGGAAAUGAGAGAUUAAGUCUCUUGAAUGCAUAUUCAGGAUAUCACCAGGUGCCAAUGGCUCCAGAAGACGAAGAGAAAACCUCGUUCUAUGCCGGCGAUGAAAUCUAUUGCUACAUGAUGAUGCCCUUUCGCUUGAAGAACGCGGGUGCCGCUUACCAGAAGAUGGUUACCAUCGUAUUCCGAGCUCAAAUAGGCAGAAAUCUGGAAGUUUAUGUCGACGACAUAGUAGUGAAGAGUUUGAAAGCUGAAGAUCACUUAACCGACCUCGAGGAGACAUUCAACAACCUCAGAAAGAACAGAAUGAGGUUAAAUCCAGCAAAAUGCAUCUUCGGUGUGGAGUCGGGAAAAUUCCUAAGCUUCAUGGUGUCCAGAAGGGGAAUUGAGAUUAACCCCGAGAAGAUCAAAGCAGUAGCCGAGAUGGAACCAUCGAAGUCAGUAAAAGAUGUGCAGAGGUUGACAGGGAGAGUAGCAGCCCUUCAUAGGUUCAUUUCGAAAUCAGUAGAUAAAUGCCUGCCGUUCUUCAAGAUUAUGAGAUCGGCAGCUCAGAAGGAUGAAUCUGGCAAAGAAAAGAAGUUUACAUGGAAUUCAGAAUGUCAAGCUGCAUUUGACGAGCUGAAGUCUUAUCUUAGCUCGCCUCCUUUGCUGACAAAGGCUGAUGAUGGAGAAAUCCUUUACUUAUACCUCGGCAUAUCAGAUGAAGCUAUCAGUUCUGUGUUAGUAAGGGAAGAGGGAAAGCACCAGAAACCAGUGUACUACAUCAGUAGCGUGCUACACGGAGCUGAUGUCAGAUAUUCCAUUGUUGAGAAAACAGCCUUAGCAGUUGUCACUUCGGCCAAGAAACUGAUACCGUAUUUCCAAUCACACCCAAUCAUAAUUCUGUAUGUUGAUGGCGCAUCAAGUAACAAAGGUUCUGGCGCCGGUGCAAUCUUACUCGGCUCAGAUGGGUACCGAAGCGAACACGCUCUAAAAUUUAAUUUUGAUGCCACCAACAAUAUGGCCGAAUACGAAGCCUUGCUACUUGGCUUACAACUGGCGACAGAACUGAAGGUUGAAGCGAUACAGAUAUACAGUGACUCACAGCUAGUAGUUAAUCAAGUCAACUCAGUUUGUGAGGUGGUUGAUCCUGUUAUGAUGAAGUAUGCAACUCUAGUGGCCAAACUGAAAUCCAAAUUCCAGAAAUUCCAUUUAAGCAAAAUACCUCGAGCUGAAAAUGAGCAAGCAGACUCCCUCUCUAAGUUUGCUUCUAAUGGCAACCAAAGCUCCAGAUCGGUCUUUGUAGAAAUUCUGGAUGAGCCUAGCUUCUUGAAACCACGAAUGAUGGAGGUCAGCACAGAUCCUAGCUCAUCGAGCUGGACAAAUCCAAUUAUCUCGUUUCUACGAGAUGGCACAGUGCUUGCGGAUAAACAGGAAGAGAUGAGGUUGAGGAAGAAGGCAUCUCGGUACACCCUUGUUAAUGAUGUCCUCUACAAGAGAUCUUUCUCACUCCCUCUGCUCCGCUGCCUCACCCCUUACAAGGCUGAAUACGCACUUCGGGAGGUGCAUGAAGGUGUCUGCAGAAGUCACGUAGGUGCUCGAACUUUGGCCCAUAAAGUCCUCAGACAAGGUUAUUAUUGGCCCAACAUGUAUAAGGAUGCCAUCCAGUUCGUACAGAGGUGUCAGAAGUGUCAGUUCUUCGCACAUCUAAUCCACCAGCCUGCAGAAGAGCUCACUACUCUGGUCGCACCUUGGCCAUUUGCUCAGUGGGGUCUUGACCUUUUAGGUCCAUUUAUGAAGAGGGUAGGAGGUGUAACCCAUCUCAUCGUUGGUGUGGAUUAUUUCACAAAAUGGGUCGAAGCUCGGGCACUAUCCAGUCUUACCUCCAAGAAGUUCACCUCAGUUUACCAUCCGGAGUCCAACGGCAUGGUCGAAUCUGUUAACAAAUGCAUCUUAGAAGGUAUCAAGCCGAGAUUGGAACAGCACAAGGCCAAAUGGGCAGACGAGCUCAACAACGUCCUCUGGGCAUACAGAACCACGAGCCGAACUGCCACAGGUGAAACACCCUAUCAUCUAGCCUUUGGUACCGAAGCAGUCAUUCCUAUCGAGAUAGGAGUCCUAAGCUUCAGGGUCACCCAUUUCGAUGAAGGACGAAAUGGACAACUGCUUCGGGAGAACCUUGAUCUGCUUGAUGAAGUCAGAGAAGAAGCACGACUUCAAACUCUAGUCUACAAGCAGAAAAUAGCAAACUUCUACAACAAACAAGUUCGACCCCGAACAUUCAAGGUAGGAGACCUUGUUCUCAGGAAAGCUGGUCUAACGGGGUUCGAAACUCGAUUUGGAAAGUUAGCACCAAACUGGGAAGGCCCCUACACUAUAGCCGAAGUGCCGCACUUAGGUGCUUAUAUCCUGCGGGACACCGAAGGCAAACGGGUUCCUAGAGUCUGGAAUGUCAAUAACUUGAAGAAGUUUUACCCUUAAGUAUACUUCAUUUAAGUGAAUUUUGUCUUAAUCGUUAUUGCUUUCACUCCUUCUGCUCAACCUAAUGUGUAUUUGAACUCGAUUCAUUUAUCUCAUUAAUAAAUUUCACUUCACAUU